GAGAACGUUGCGCGCACAAGAGCAGCGGAGCGGAGCGGAGAGGGAGAGGGAGGAGACGAGGGAGGGAGAAAGAAGAGGCCGCGGGGCAGUAUCGUCGCUGGUGUUGUUGUGUUCGGGAAGCAGAGGACGAGGACGUCGAGGAAGCAUGACUGAGCAGAAGUGAGUCCAGCCCGUGAGCAAGGCAGCCAGCCAGCCGGCCCGCCCGCCGGUCUCAGGAGAACAAUGGGGACGGUCGAAUGAACGGCAGGGCAGGGCAGGGCAGCAGCAGGAGCAGCACGAGGAAUAAAGCGGAAGAAUGAAAAGGAAAAUGAAUUAAGAACUGUGCACUGUGUUGGUGUUGAUUGAUUGUCGGGGGUGGAGAAAGGUGGUGGUUUUGUAAAUGAAUGAAUGAGUGUGGGAGGGAUUGAGGAAGGAGUACCAUCGCCUGCGCAGCGGAGUGCAAGUCGGAGACGAACGCCCGUAGCGAUUAGCUUGGUUUCGGACUUUGCUGUCGGAAGGUGGGUGGGUGGAUGAAUGGUUGGGUAGCCUGUACGAGCGGAUGGAAGGGAGGGAGAUGAUGGGGUGAGAGGGUUGACACGGAUUGCGGAUCAGUUCAGUGUUUGGAUCGAGUGAUUAUUGUGACGGACUUUUGAUGAGGAACUAGUGGCGGUGGUCAAAAAGGAGCGAUGGCGAAAGAGAGGGCGCCCAAGGGUGGAAAGCCCAGGGUGCCCGCUUAUGUCGAACACAGUCGGGACAUGUAUGGUUUCAUGGUGCGCCCUCAGCAUUUGGAAAAAUACCGCGAGUAUUGCCCCAUCUAUAAGGAGGAGGAGGCUGAGAGGUCGGAGCGAUGGGACCGUUUUUUGAGUACCAUCAAUGAGACCGUGCCCUCCUCAGUGGAGGGCCUGGAUACUGUUUCGUCUGUGAGUUCAAAUGGUUCCAACGGACAAGUGAAUGGUCAAGAUUUGGACAAUGACGAGAAACAAAGCACUCUGAGGCCGGAUAGAAUUAUGAUAGAGGCAGAGCCCGGGGCCACAAAAUUGUGGGGUCAGCUGCGCAAACCGCUGUGGGCGAUUGAGAGAGCCGGAAGCAUCAGGCACAGAGGAAUUAACAGCCAGUCUUCUUUUGCCAAAGAGUGUAUUGCGCGAAAUGGUAAUGUUACGUCAGCAGGUCCCGAACUAACGGGAACAACGGGUGAAAACCGAACAUCGGAUGGACCUGUUGAUUCUGUGAAGGAAGCAAUUCAUACGAAUGGCCAUGCAAAACAGGAUAUUUUAACCACAAACACGUCACAUGAUACGAGCAACGGUGACUCAGGUAGAGUCAGUCUGGACGGAACUGGAACUGACUCGGAGGAUGAUCAUUUCAGUGAUGCUGAAAGUACAGACGAACUACCUGACGUGGACAAUGUGGCCCGGGUUUCUACUUCACCAGCCAGUUCAGUCGCAAGUCCGCCUGAAACCAGUGACAACGACUGCCCAUGGGAUGAGGAACUCAGAUCUCUAGUCCGAGGAGGAGUUCCAAUGGCCCUCAGGGGGGAGUUGUGGCAGGUUUUUGUGGGCACAAAGAAGCGUAGGGCUUACGGACAUUACAAUGCCCUUCUCACACUAUUGGCUGAUGGUGGGGGCGACAGUGACGGCGUUGGUGGUUUACUGGAUGGCAGUAGUAGCGCAGCCUCUAAUUACCUGGUCUCUAAAAGUGGUGUUUUGGAGAAAUGGACCAAUCAGAUUGAGAAGGACCUUCCUCGCACAUUUCCUGGACAUCCUGCUCUUGAUGAAGACGGACGCAAUGCCUUAAGGCGACUGCUCACAGCGUAUGCGCGACAUAAUCCAUCCGUCGGCUAUUGUCAGGCCAUGAAUUUUCUUGCUGCCCUUUUAUUGCUUUUGAUGCCCGAGGAGAACGCAUUUUGGACUUUAACGGGCAUAAUUGACGAUUAUUUCGAAGGUUAUUACUCGGAAAAGAUGCUGGAAGCCCAGGUGGACCAGCUUGUAUUUGAAGACCUGGUGCGGGAACACUUCCCCAAAUUAGUAAGUCAUUUAGAUACGCUUCAAGUUCAGGUGGCGUGGGUCAGUGGUCCCUGGUUCCUGUCAAUAUUCGUCAACGUGCUACCCUGGGAAAGUGUCUUGAGGGUUUGGGAUGUGCUACUAUUCGAAGGCAAUCGAUGCAUGCUUUUUCGUACCGCGCUUGCUCUUAUGGAAAUGCACGCACCAGCUCUCAGUGCCACCCGGGACGCCGGAGAUGCUGUAGCACUGUUGCAAUCCAUGGCUAGUGCUACAUUUGAUAGUAGCCAGUUGGUUUUGAUAGCAUGUAUGGGAUAUCAGACAGUGACAGAACCGAGAUUGCAAAAGCUAAGAGUUAAGCAUCGACCAGAUGUAUUGGCUGCCUUGCAAGAGAGAUCGAUAGAGUUGCAUCUCUGGAGAAAUUCAAACGCGGCCAUAACCUCCAAACUGCCCUACCUGUACACUAAACCAGUAUCUGGUGGUGAUAGCCUGUUAUUGAAAAACACUAUCAUAGUUUCAGAUGAGAAAGCAAAUGGCGCCCCACUGAAAUCACCCCAGACACCUGCCGCUAUUGAUGCUAAACGGCUCGGGUUGACCAUGAAACUUCCAGUUUUUUUCGAAGAACCAUCUGUCAAGAGGUCUUUUACAAAUGCCAGCAACCCCGGCUCCGAUGAAGAAGAUGAAAUUAACGGUUCUGAUCUCCAGGAGCAGGUUAAAUGGCUGAAGAAUGAGAUUUCUCGCGCUUUAGAAGAUCGGAAAGCUGCUACUGUCAGAGCAGAGCAGCUAGAAACUGCCCUAGUAGAGAUGGUUCAGCACGACAAUCGCCUCUAUCUCGCUGCAAAGGUGGAAAAGUUGGAGGCCGAGGUGGCUGAUUUGAGAACAGAAGUGGCCGAAUUAAAGUCUACGCUCGCACAAAAGGAGGAGCAUGAGGCUUCCCUUGUUCAGGUCCUUGUUCGUAUGGAGCAAGAGCAGAGGAUUGCAGAUGAUGCCAGACGUUUUGCCGAGCGGGAUUCUGCUACUCAAAAGCUAGCUGCAGAGAUGAUUGAGGCAAAGUACGAGGCAUCUCUUGAGGCUAUCAAAGAAAUGGAGAAACGAGCAGUGAUGGCUGAAACCAUGCUGGAAGCCACUCUAUCAUAUCAAGCACUUGGUAAUAAUAGUCCGCAUGGUUCAUUUCGCCGGUCUUCGAUGGAUCCCCUUCUUGUGCGAAAGCAGAAUUCCAAAGAAGUAGUAUAUCAGUCAGCAACUUGUCGACAAAGCUGAGAUUUUUGCUUAUAAGCAACUGCGGUUGGAUUGCAGACCACCAGAAUCGCCAGUUGGGUCCCCCUCACUGAAGGAAGAUUCAGGAAUGUCAAAAUAUUUCCACAAUGCGACUAAUGGAUCCGUCAGAGACGAUCAUCUCGAUGAUAAAGCGAGUAAGCCAAGGAUCUUCAGUCGGCCCUUUUCUCUAAGCUGGCGAGAUAAACCGAAGAGUAAGACAUCAGCAAGUAUUGAUUCACCUAGGAGUGUCGAAUCACCACGAACCCCUUUCCUAGCGCACUCGGAACGAGGUUUUGAUGCGGACUCUUCACUGCCAUCAUCUGGAGCAUCAACUCCAGACAGUGCCCAAACGUCAUCCUCUGUGCAUCAUGUUCAGAGGGCAAAUGGUUCGCCUGGGAGGAAGGUGAAUCUUGACAAGAGUUGAAGUAGCUGAACAAUUUCUUUCAGCACUUCAAAUCGGUUUGCAUUCAUGUGGGCAUGAUUCUCUGCAGGGGAUGAACCUGCUGCUUUCGUUUCUUCUAAGUCGUCUGAUUUGGUUCUUACCGAAAGGAGUCAAAAAUUAUAAACAAAAGAAAAAAACAUUGAAAAUCAAUCAGCUUAGGAUAUCUUAUACCUUCGACCAGGGGUUGUGCAUAUGGUGGUCUUUAUUUCAUGAAACACAGAUGGAUUACUGUUGUCUUUCAACCGAGUCAGAUCUAGAUUUACGUUUGCCCUGAAACAUGCUCGUUAGUCGUUUGCGUACAGAAAUUAUAACAGAUUAACAUCGGACCACUCAAAAUACGGUCGGCCAAUUUUGGCAUACAGCGUAGGUCAGACCCCGUUCUACAAAUAAUACGAACAUUAGGAGGAUUAUUCAAUUGGCACUCUGCGACAAAGUCGCAAGUUUGUAGCUUAUUUUGUUGAGGUGGAUUUUUUCUGGCCGGUCAAAUGGCCAUCGGCCGCUGUGUCUUAUCACUCAUAUUGUUACCAUUUUGGGGGUGCAUGUAAUAAAACUAGCUGUUCUAAAGGUUUACCAGCUUGGCUCG